CCGGGACCAGGCGUCCGAUUCUUCCAUAACCAGAAUUCUUCCGUACAAAGUUCCAUCUCCUUGAAAACAGAGCCACGACUACAUGAGCAAGAGUUGCAGGAAAGCAGUUGGCCACAUCAAUGAAAUACACCGAUUUACAUCCUUUUAUCAGUCAUUUCUCAACACAGGAAGGCUUCAAGGGUAUGCUUAGGAUGGUUCUGCUCAGUGAGCUCUAAUGCUGUUCGUUGGUAUGCACCGAGUUGGUGUCAAGACUAGUCAGUUUAUUUAUGGAAGCUCUUUAAGGGUGUGUACUAGCUUGAAGUCUCUAGGUCGUGGGAUUCAAACACAAGGGUGUAGAUCACAAUCUAACCUAUUUGAAUGGGGAGGAAACAUCAAUCCGGUUGUAUCAAGUUUUUUACAGAAGGGUUUCUCGGAGAUCACCAAUGAAACUGUUGGAAAAUCAUUACAUGCUUUUUGUAUAAAAAAUUUCUGUCGUCUAAGCAUGUUCCAUACUAACACCUUGAUAAAUAUGUACUCAAAAUAUGGCAAAUUGGAAGCUGCUUGGUACGUGUUUGAUGAAAUGCCUCAGAGAAACGAAGCUACAUGGAAUACAAUGAUCUCAGCUUUUGUUCGAUUCUCUUUGUACCCAGAUGCUUUUCUGUUAUUUGCCCAAAUGCGUGCUCAAGGAUUUGAAACAAGUGGCUUUGUUAUCGCUAGUUUAUUAACCGGUUGCAUUGGGUCGGGGGUUAUGGUACAUCAAGGAUUUCAAGUUCAUGGGUUAAUCUUGAAAAAUGGUUUAUUGUAUAAUGUGUAUGCUGGAACCACCCUUUUAAAUUUUUAUUCUGGAUAUGGAUUUCAUUCUAGUGCUCAUAGGCUCUUCGAGAAAAUGCCAGAAAAGAAUGUAGUAUCCUGGACUUCAUUGAUGGUUGGCUACUCUAACAAUGGAUCUCCCAUGGAGGUUAUAAAGUUAUAUCAGCAAAUGAGGUGCGAAGAUGUUGAUUGUAAUGAGAACACGUUCACCACUGUGAUUACUUCUUCUGGGUCACUAGAAGAUGAAUUGUUGGGUCUUCAAGUUCUUGGACAUGUCAUAAAAUGUGGAUUUGAAUACAAUCUUUCAGUGGCCAAUUCUCUAAUAUCUAUGUUUGGUAAUUCGGGUAGAGUGCAAGAAGCCUGCUAUAUUUUCAAUCAAAUGAGUGUGCGUGACACCAUUUCAUGGAAUGCCAUGAUUUCUGCAUAUGCACAUAAUCAUUCAUACGAGUACUCGUUUCGUUGUUUUAACUUAAUGCGUCAUGCCCGUGAGGACCUUGAUGCAAUUACACUUUCUGCACUUUUAUCAGCAUGUGGUUCCAUGGACAAUCUCUUCUGGGGUGCUGCCGUCCAUGGUUUGGUUCACAAGCUAGGGUUGGAUUCGAACUUAUGUCUAUGCAAUACCCUUUUGGGGAUGUAUUCAGAAGCCGGAAGAUCCAAGGAGAUGGUACAGUUGUUUGAAGAGAUGCCAAAUAAAGACUUAAUCUCAUGGAAUUCACUAAUAGCUGGGCAUGUUCAAGAAGGGGACUACCUGAAUGCUUUGAUGGUGUUUGUUAGAAUGCUUCAGAGACAAAAAAGUGUAAAUCACGUGACUUUUGCUAGUGCAUUAACUGCUUGUUCAGACCCUGAACUUUUGGGAAAAGCCGAAACUCUUCAUGCACUUGUAUUUACAUCUGGGCUCCACGACAACUUGAUCGUUGGAAAUGCUUUAGUCACGAUGUAUGGAAAGCACAAAAUGAUGCGGAAAGCUGAAGAAAUCUUUAAAAGGAUGUCCCAGAAGGAUUUGGUGACGUGGAACACUCUCAUUGGAGGAUAUGCCGGUUGUGAAGAACCAAACUUGGCAAUCAAAGCUUUCAACUUUAUGAGGAAACGAGAUGAACCAAGAAACUAUAUAACCUUGGUUCAUAUGCUUAGUUCUUGUGUUGCUCCAAAUUACCUGCUCAGCCAUGGGAUGGGGUUACAUUCACAUGUGAUUAUUACUGGUUUUGAUUCAGAGGAUUAUGUGAAGAAUUCCCUUAUUACAAUGUAUGGGAAAUGUAAUGAUCUUGAAUCAAGCAUGCAAAUCUUUGAUGGAUUUGUUAACAAGGCUUAUGUAUCAUGGAAUGCCAUGAUUGCUGCAUAUGCUCACCAUGGCCAUGGAGAAGAGGCUUUGAAAAGAUUCUCAGAGAUGAAUAAAACUGGAAAUCAUUUGGAUCAUUUUAGUUUCUCUGCAGCUCUUUCUGCUGCUGCUUACUUGUCUAGUCUAGAAGAAGGUCAACAACUUCAUGGGUUGACCGUUAAAUUUGGGUUUGACUCGAAUCAAUAUGUUAUGACAGCUAUGUUGGAUAUGUAUGGAAAAUGUGGCGAGAUAAAUGAUAUGGUGAAAAUGCUUCCGGAACCAAAAACACGACCACGUGUGUUGUGGAACAUUCUGAUAUCAGCUUUAGCUAGACAGGGAUCUUUUCAGGAAGCAAAGGAAUCUUUUCACGAAAUGGUGAAGAUGGGAUCAAAACCCGACCACGUGACCUUUGUUUCUCUUUUAUCGGCAUGCAGUCAUGGAGGGUUAGUAGACGAGGGUCUUGCUUACUAUUCUUCAAUGACCACCAAAUUCGGAGUCCCGGUUGGUAUUGAGCACUGUGUUUGCAUAAUCGAUCUUCUUGGGCGAUCCGGGAGGCUUUCGGAGGCUGAAUCUUUCAUCAAGAAAAUGCCGAUUCCACCAAACGACUUUGUCUGGCGAAGCUUGUUGGCAGCGUGUCGGAUUCAUGGAAACUCACAACUAGGAAAACAAGCUGCAGAACAUCUUCUAGAAUCAAACCCUUCAGAUGACUCCGCUUAUGUUCUAUACUCGAAUGUUUGUGCAAGUAGUGGGAAAUGGGAGGCGGUUCGUAAUCUUAGGGAAGAAAUGCAAUUUACUAACGUUAAGAAGAAGCCCGCGUGCAGUUGGAUCAAGAUGAAGAGAAAGGUGAGUUCUUUCGCGAUAGGGGAUAAAUCCCACCCGCAGAACGGUAAAAUCUACACCAAACUCGAUGAGAUCAAGAAAAUGAUCAAAGAAGCAGGUUAUGUUCCUGAUACAAGUUUUGCAUUGCAAGAUAUUGAUGAAGAACAGAAGGAAGAUCAUCUAUGGAAGCACAGUGAGAGGCUGGCACUUGCAUAUGGAUUGAUCAAUUCCCCCGAAGGUUCGAUUUUGCAGAUAUUCAAGAAUCUUCGGGUUUGCGGUGAUUGUCAUUCGGUUUUCAAGUUCAUAAGCAGCAUUGCAAGGAGAAAGAUAAUACUCAGGGAUCCUUUCAGGUUUCACCAUUUUAGUGAUGGCAAGUGCUCUUGUGGUGACUAUUGGUAGUAAGGGUAUACUUGUUAGAAGCUAUAUCAACUUAUUCUAUCAGCUAUACUUGACUGUUUGAUAGCGACUUAAUGAUAUAGAAAAGUGACUU